CUCUGCGCAAGCCGGGCAUACGUCGUCAAUACAAACAAGAGGUGUGCUGUCUUUAUAGAACGUCACGUAUAGUAUAUGUAUAGCUUAGAAUGAUAGCGCCAGCCAGUAGUGCUCCGCUCAGUUUGCGUACACUGCUUGUGUAAUUCGAGGCUGAUUGUGAAUGCAAUCCAAACUAAAAAAUAUUAUUGCCGCGAGUUUUAAUUAUGAUAUAUUCGAGUGAUAUCCUUUAUUUAAAUAAAUUAAAUUUUAGUUCAGUGAGUUGCAGUUAACAUUACGAGACAAAUUAAAUAACCGUGCCUAAUUUAAAUCUGCAGUAGAUAUAAAAGUUCAAAUAAGUGUAUCGUCGAAGUUUAUGAUAAAAAUGUUCGGAUUGUUGCCUACGUUAUGUUUUGGUUUUUAUGAAUGCCGGAAUCAGAGUCGCCCGAGCCAGAUAUUCAGAUCGUGAAAAUAAAGCUUAUUUAAUUUUAAGUAUAGGUACCCUCAGUGCCGAUGCGGCAUUUGUAUAAUUACAAAUGAAUUUUAUUAACUGCCGAUUUUUCAAAAUGCCUUCAUACAAUCAAGAAAUUAAUGUGGAUCUGAAUUCUAAUGAAAAUGGUGCCUUGAAGACUGAUGCCAAAGAUGGCAAAAUCGAUGAGAGUCGGUAUAUGUCGGCCGAACCAAUUCCGAAUAACGCGCCGGCGGGAUUAAAUGCUGACCAGGAGAUCGCUUUUGCUCUGAGGGAUUUCUUGACCCCAUCGAGCACAGCGCUCAGUGAUGGAGAACCAUCUCCAUCUGCGUUAUCACAGACACUACCUUUUAUAGAUGAACAGGUAGACGGAGAUGAUGCCACGCAUUCUGAAGAGGAAUUACAGCAAAGCCGUGAAACUGAAGAGGUGUUGAAUAAUGCGGCUUGCCGGCUGAGGCGGUGGCGUGCUGCGUCAAGGAAGCUGCGCCGGCCGCGGAUUAUAAACAAUCUAAGUUCUAAAGAUGAAAAAGAUAGUAAUAUCAGUAAAGUGUGUAACUCCGGGCACACGGACUUGGCGGACCGGCUCCGAAGCCUGGCCGCGGCUGGCAGCAUGUCGGCGUCGGCAGGCGAGCUGCUGUCGCUGGCGCCGCCGCCCCCGGCAGCCACAGCGCCGCCCUCUCCUGGCUGUCUGCUGUCGCCUUCACUGGCAGACCAGAGCUCCGCAGAAUAUUUUGGAUCGCCAAACAUCGGGGCCGACUGGUUACCUGAUGGUAAGCAAUCAGCGCUGCUCAUGAGCGACCGUAGUUUCGAGUGCCUUGCCAGCCUUUUGGGAUUCCUGAAAUUUAGGGAUCGGGGCUCAAGUCCAGAGUGCUGUGCUGAUAAUGCGGGACUGGACUCUGCUAAUAAUGCUGGCACGCCAGCGCCACCUCCCGGGCCUCGGUACAAGCUGGCUUCCGAGGGGUCCCUCAGGGUAUGCUGCUUCCAGCAUACCAGAACCGUCGUAGACAAGAUACUAGCAGCCAAAUUCCUUAGGCGUUGGGAAACGCACGUGCUCUGUCUAAACGAACAACACAUUACUUCUAAAACGCCCUCCGGCUUAUUAGAGCAUCCGUUAUCGUACAGUUGUAUGCAGGAGGUAUACUGUAUCUCGCGUUGGGAUCCUGCCAGGAAGUACUGCCUUCGGAUAGUAAUGCCUCAUGGAUCUCUUCUAUUGCAGGCUAAUGAUGCAUAUACGCGGGACCAGUGGUAUCAUUCCAUUAUAUGGAGGAGAAACAUGAUACGUUACAAGAAUUUCCUGACAAAGACUGUAAGAAAGGAAGUCGUUUUGAAGGAAUUAAAGAAUAUGGUGGAUUUCGUGAUGACUACGCCUUUGCAAGACGAAAGUGUGACUCGCGCGCCUCUACAGAUCCUGACCGAUUUACUAUCAGAGAAUAAAGAAAGUGAAGAUUGGGAGGAGUGGGCCGAGAUGGUUACGAGUGCUGCGGCGCCGCUGUUAGCGGAGCGGUGCGCGGCCGGCGACCUGUGCGCCUUGCUCGCACGCCUGUGCAGGAGACGGCCCCGAGCGGCACCAUUACCUGCGCUCGCGCCACCCGUACGACGGGUCCUCACUCGCAACGUAGACUUCGCCAGAGCCCCCAAUGGCAGACGGCUCGUUAGAGAUUAUAUCAGUGCCUUGAGCGCGCACAACUCAGGCAGUUCCCUAGUUCGCCGAUUCGUUGAAGUGACUCAUGGAAACCGCGCCACGUGUCCUUAUCCUCGAGCGGCUCCAAACCUUGCCGCAGUCGCCCUGGCUGCGUUGGAUGACCACUACCGCGACUCUGCUACCCCACACGUCUGCGACGAGUCCGAAGAAGAAGUCCUAUGUUUUGCCGAUAUCUUGGAACAUAUGUGCGAGUAUGAAGAUUGGCUCGUCGUAGUAGGUGCUGUACUGCAACCGGUUCCUUUAUGCGCGGGCGCUAUGAGCUGCCCCCGCGUCGCAAAGAGGCUAGGAAAACUAUUGAAUGCGUUAGCACAUGACCCGCGCUGUGCGGCGCACGCAUGCGUGGCUCCCGCCCGAGCUGCGAGGCUCUGCCCACCGUCCUGGCUGAGAGCUGCAGCGCCAUCUGACCCGCUGUUAGCUCUGCCAAACGAAGAAUUAUGUCAGAUUUGGGGAGAUAUGUUGGGAGGACUUCUCAAUUGUUGCUGUAAACGGAAAAGUUUUCUGCAGAGUAUGAGCAAACAGCUUCCCGAUUUUGUUCUAGUCGCAUUAACUGCUCACCCAGCUGCUAUAGAGGCUCUAUGUUUAUUUUUGGAAUGGGAGGUCACGACUGGAGAGCAGACUCAAUUGGAAGUUAUUGCUACGUUACAAGGCACCGAACUUGGCCAGAAAUAUUACAAAGAUCUGUGCGAGAGACAGCAAAAUCUUCAACGACUGCAAUCAGAAGGUGGUCCUCGCCGACUGGCGUUGCCAGUUCGCGCGACCGACGCAGAUGUCGCGGAACUAUUGGACGCCGGCGCUCUCGGCAACCUUGAGUGCCUCUCCCUUGCUUUUACCAGCGUCACCAGCGCCUGUGCACAUCACCUCAUUAAGUUGCCAUCUCUACGCUACUUGAACCUGUGGGCGACCAAGUUUGGCGACAGCGGUGUGCAGCUAAUUGCUGAGCAUCUUCCUAAGCUUCAGGUCCUUAACCUUUGCGAGACGCCCGUCUCCGACAAGGGAAUAGAGGCAUUAUCAGGUCUCUCCAACUUGAGGCGUCUUAAUCUGAAUAGUACCAAGUUAUCGGCCGAAGCAUUUGAAGUUCUACGCCAGCGCCUGCCCCACCUCCAGGAGUACGAUAUACGGUAUACGGAGGCCUGGUGACAGCGGGCUGCCGCCGGCGCCCGGACACCAUCAACUUCCACCAUAUAAAUUCACAUUCGAUCUCAACGCGCUUUAUCCCAGUAUUACAAUGUUCAAAUAAGUUAAUCCACACGGAUACAAAUAUCCAACUACCGAAUAUUAUUAAGAUUCUUUUUAUUUACUUACAUUCAAUAUUUUAUUAGUUUGUAACUAUUUUUCACGAGUUAUUUCAUAAGAUUUAAAUAGAAGAAUGUAGAUUAUAGGUAGAUAACAUUAUGGAUUCGGUAUUGAUAUUACUUUACCAAGUUUUUUAACAUUGCAUUUCAUCUGAAUAUUCAGAAUCACAGCAGCCAGAGUCACGUUGCCACAUACCAAUACAUACCAAGUAUUGUAGUCUGGUGGUCGAUGUAUGAACUCACAAUAAUGUCAUUAGCCGACUAGUACCUAUGUUCUUUUAUCGACCUCUAUUAAAGGUAAUCAAUUCGAAUUACACUUCGUUAGGUGGGUUAAUGUUAAUUUAGUGCGCACCCAAACAGGUGAAGUCGCGGUCCAAUUUUGUUUGUUCCUAAAUAUUUGGACUACAAAAUGAAACCAGCAUUUGUUUUUAUUAAUCUGAACUUAGUUUAAGUUUACCAAAUGUUAUAAAAUGUAAACAUUUAGGUCUGCCAUCCAUGUAAGCGCUUUAGUUUAACGACAGCCACUAAGUAAUGUUAUUUAAGACUAUUUAUUUAUUGUCAACACCAGUUUAGAUAAUAAGAUAUGAAUAGGAACCUAGUUAAUAAUAUUGCUUUAAUUUAGUACUGUAGUAGGUAACUAUGUGUUAGGAGUCUUUGGGCUGUGAGAAAGAGAACCAACCGGUACAAGCGUAAUUGUGGAGAGUUAAAAUGUUUUUUAUUUAUUUAUUGUUUUUUUUUAUUCUUGCAUUAACUGUAUUUAGCAUAAUCCCUAAAGUCUAAAUUUAAUGUAGAUAUAUUUCAAAUUUAUAGUAAAAAACAAUUUAAAUAUUCGUAUACCUAAAUGGUUAAUCAUAAUAAUUGCGCAUGAAUGGUUAAUAUUUAAAACUAUGUAAUGUACCUACCUACCUACCCAUUUAGUUAUUUUAUACUAAUACAUUAUCACUGAACUAUUCGUCAGUACGUUAGAUACAUACUCUUACGAAAUGGUUUUUAUCAUGAUUUCCGGCCUAAUACUUACAUUUUACAUAUUAAGCUGUUCCAUAAAAAAAUACCUACAAAUGAAAAAUUCUAUUAGUGACAAGAUGAUGAUGAGUUAUUUGUAAAUUUGGUAUUUUAGUCUGAAUGAAAAUAGAACUCAUGUUAUUAGAAUAUAGGUAAGUGAGACACAACUCAAUUGUUUGUGUACUUAAUUGAGGCAAAUUCGUGUCCCCGGAAUUUAUAGGCCGGAAACUGUUAGAUAACAUAUGAAAUGGUCCUAUAAACACUAAU